CGGAUUUUCCCCCCACUAGCGCCGAAGAGGGAAUAUUGCAGUUAGCUAGCUAGUAGGUAACAUGUUUCACGUUGAUUAGAUUUAUUCCCAUACUCCAGGGGGAAAGGGCGUCAAGCAAACUAGUAAGAAAGGAUUGAUGUUCCAACCGGGCACAAAUCUGAGAUUUCAAUGUUUAAUUAUUUUAAGCUGUUUUGAUCGUCAGGCUCCCAGACAGUCUGUUUGAUGUGUUGACGGCAGCUCACUAGAGUGUUGUCGAGAGCAGUGCGUCGCCAUACAAGAUGGACACCGCCGAGGAAGCGGACAUAUGCAGGGUCUGUCGGUCCGAAGGAACUCCUGACAAGCCACUGUAUCACCCCUGCGUUUGCACCGGCAGCAUUAAAUUCAUCCAUCAAGAAUGCUUGGUUCAGUGGCUGAAGCACAGCAGGAAGGAGUACUGUGAAUUGUGCAAGCAUAGAUUUGCAUUCACGCCAAUUUAUUCUCCAGACAUGCCUUCUCGGCUUCCCGUUCAGGACAUAUUUGCGGGACUGGUGACGAGUAUCGGCACGGCUAUACGAUACUGGUUUCACUACACACUGGUGGCCUUCGCCUGGUUAGGAGUGGUUCCACUCACAGCAUGUCGCAUCUACAAGUGUCUGUUUACCGGCUCUGUGAGCUCGCUGCUGACGCUGCCCUUAGAUAUGCUGUCCACAGAGAACUUGCUGGCGGACUGCUUGCAGGGUUGUUUUGUGGUGACCUGCACCUUGUGCGCAUUCAUAAGCCUGGUGUGGCUGCGUGAGCAGAUUGUCCAUGGUGGCGCCCCCCAGUGGCUGGAGCAGAAUCAGCAGCAGCCUCAUAAUGUGGCGGGGCAGCCCAAUGAGGCCCCUGGUCCUGGAAACGGAGCCCCAGAGAACCAGGCCGCCCCCGUGCCCGCCAACCCCCCUGCCGAGAACGAGGUGGUGGCCGACAACCCCGACAUCCAAAUGGACCCGGUGGAGGACAUGGACGUGGACAACGAGGAUGAGGACGAUGCUGGUGCUGAAGACGCCGCAGAGGCCAACAAUGGGGCCCAAGAUGACAUGAACUGGAAUGCGCUUGAGUGGGACCGAGCAGCAGAGGAACUCACCUGGGAGAGGAUGCUGGGACUCGAUGGCUCAUUGGUUUUCCUGGAGCACGUCUUCUGGGUCGUCUCGCUGAACACGCUCUUCAUUCUUGUGUUUGCUUUUUGCCCCUAUCACAUUGGUCACUUCUCUGUAGUGGGACUUGGUUUUGAAGAUUAUGUCCAAGCCUCGCACUUUGAGGGUCUGAUCACAACUAUCGUGGGCUACGUCCUUCUGGCUCUGACAUUAAUUGUGUGUCACGGUUUCGCAGCACUGGUGAGGUUCCAAAGAUCACGCCGCCUGUUGGGGGUUUGCUACAUUGUCGUGAAGGUUUCAUUAUUGGUAGUGGUGGAGAUAGGUGUCUUCCCCCUCAUUUGUGGCUGGUGGCUGGACAUUUGUUCCCUGGAAAUGUUCGAUGCCUCUUUGAAGGACAGAGAACUAAGUUUCCAGUCAGCCCCUGGCACGACCAUGUUCCUUCAUUGGCUUGUAGGAAUGGUCUACGUCUUCUACUUUGCAUCUUUUAUUCUCUUGCUUCGAGAGGUGUUAAGACCUGGAGUAUUAUGGUUUCUAAGAAACCUGAAUGACCCUGAUUUUAAUCCAGUCCAAGAAAUGAUUCAUCUGCCAAUAUACAGACAUCUCAGAAGAUUUAUUUUGUCGGUGGUUGUGUUCGGUUCCAUUGUCCUGCUAAUGCUGUGGCUUCCCAUCAGGAUAAUAAAACUCAUUCUACCAAACUUCCUUCCUUAUAAUGUAAUGCUCUACAGCGAUGCCCCCGUGAGCGAGCUGUCUCUGGAGCUGCUGCUGCUGCAGGUGGUUCUGCCGGCCCUGCUGGAGCAGGGCCACACACGCCAGUGGCUGAAGGGCCUGGUACGGGCCUGGACCGUCACCGCCGGCUACCUGCUAGACCUGCAUUCUUACUUGCUGGGUGACCAAGAGGAGAAUGACAACAAUGCAAAUCAGCAGGCUAACAACAACCAGCAGGCUCGCAACAACGCCGUGCCGGUGGUGGGGGAGGGGCUGCACGCAGCACACCAGGCCAUACUGCAGCAGGGCGGCCCCGUGGGGUUCCAGCCCUACCACCGGCCCAUGCGCUUUCCAUUCAGGAUCGUGCUGCUGAUAGCUUUCAUGUGUGUGACGCUGCUGGCCGCCAGCCUGAUUUGUUUGACGUUGCCAGUGUUUGCCGGCCGCUGGCUGAUGUCUUUCUGGACGGGCAGCGCCAAGAUCCACGAGCUGUACACGGCGGCGUGCGGACUGUAUGUCUGCUGGCUGUCCAUCCGGGGCAUCACCGUGCUGCUGGCCUGGAUGCCGCAGGGCCGCACCGUCAUCUUCCUCAAAGUCCAGGAGUGGUCGCUCAUGAUAAUGAAGACCGUGAUAGUGGCGGUGCUGGUGGCCGGGAUGAUCCCCCUGCUGCUGGGCCUGCUGUUUGAGCUGGUGAUCGUGGCUCCCCUCAGAGUCCCCCUGGACCAGACGCCGCUCUUUUACCCCUGGCAGGACUGGGCUCUCGGAGUUCUUCAUGCCAAAAUCAUAGCUGCCAUUACUCUCAUGGGUCCCCAGUGGUGGUUGAAGACUGUGAUUGAGCAGGUAUAUGCAAAUGGGAUCCGCAACAUUGACCUGCAUUUCAUCAUUCGCAAGCUGGCGGCUCCAGUCAUUUCCGUCUUGCUCUUGUCCCUCUGCGUGCCGUAUGUCAUUGCAGCUGGGGUCGUCCCAGUCAUAGGGGUUACCAUGGAGAUGCAGAACCUGGUGCAGCGUCGGAUCUAUCCUUUUCUCCUAAUGGUUGUGAUGCUAAUGGGAAUCCUCUCUUUCCAAAUUCGGCAAUUCAAGCGCCUUUACGAGCACAUUAAGAAUGACAAGUACCUUGUUGGUCAGAGACUGGUGAACUAUGAACGCAAGGCUGGCAAAGUGAGCUCAGCCUCACCCACCAGCUCCCCUCAAGAGUAGGGUUGGCUGUCCUUGACAAUAGUCUCCCGCUAACCGACUUACUGCCCCUCCCUCCUCACGUUUCUGUCUGUGGCUCCUCCUAAAUAUUUCUGGCACUCUUACUGUGUCCUUCUCUUGCCCUGUUUUAAAAUGAAGCUUGAGAACUGUACAUGUGUAAAUAUUUGGGAAUUAAAUCCAGCAAACUUGGGUUAAAAGAAUGAGCAUUGUACAUCUUUGGGGGGAAAACAUUUUUAAUUUAUUAAAUCAUUGUCACUUUAUCUUUUUGACUCUUGCUGUUCAGUCUCAAAAUGACCCAGUGCCAAUAAGUAAUUACUGUAUGUAUGAUGUUUGCCUGAAGAAGCAUAAUGUUGGUCAACUUGGCUUUGCAGAUCACAAGCUCCUGUGCUAAUUCACUGGAGAAAUUUCCUAAUUAGGUAAAUCCCUGAACUGUUUGCACAGGUGAAUGACAGGAAGAAAAGAAUUAUCUUUGUUGCUGUAUCUUAUUUUUCAUUGGUGUAUAUUAAGGAAGCAUAAUGAAUAUUAAGACCGCACUAAUUGCUUAAUUAGACAAUCAUGGGCUCUAAGGCCUGUACCAUUUACUUGACACUGUGUGACAUCAGAACACACUAAUUUCAGCUGCAUUAAAAAAAAAAAAAACAUGCAGUCGCAUUUUACAUUUCUUCAUAGUAGGCCAUUCAAAAAAGUUAAUUGAAACAAUUUUCAACAAAUAGCGAGUCUUGAUUGUUUAUUCUCUUUCUGGGUUGCUGUAUCAAACCAUUUACUAAUUCAAACAUUGCAAAUUGGCAAGCAAACUGUCGGCUUUAACCAUGAUAAAUAUUUCAGAGAGCAGAGACACAUUUCUUUUUUGAUUUUAAAAGCAAACAAGUGUCAGUCAUUGUCCCAACUGUUUUAAAAAUUAGUUACAAUUAUGGGAAUACAGAAGUUUUGAAAGGUGAGUGCAUAAAUAACCAUUAAAGUAUUAAGUGAUGCAUUCUCAAAGUAGUGAUGAGGCCAGUAAUGCUAUGUACGUCUGAUUUAUUUUAUGGUAACAUUUCAUGAAGUACCUUUUGUCUUACAAUACUGAAAGGGUUGAGAAAAUUCCAUAAGAAUUUUUUUUUUUUUUGUCAGUAUUAUUUAGGAGGAAAGGUGUAAUUUGUCAUUAAAUGAACAAUUGUUUAUUUUAUUUUAUUUUUUACAAUUAUUUUCAUGAAGUCUCAGUUCAAGUUGAAGUCUUACAUGUUUUGAGGCUGAUUUGAAGUGGCACAGGACUUCUUUGAAUGCAAAUCUUUCUAUAAGUGACCUUAUAGAUCUUAAACUGUACAAUCCCAAUGCUGGGGUGUUUUGUUGGUUUUGUUUUGCAUCUUUUCAAGCAAAAAUGUGUAUUCUAUUUUUAUAUGUGUAUAUAUAUAUAAAUGGCAUGGUCGUUGUUUGUAUGUCUCAACAUAGGGUGUUAUGGUUUGGUGGGCUGUGUACAUAGUUUUGUUACCUGAACCACAUUUCUAAACAAAACCAUAGCUUUUCAUGGGCAUGCUGCAAGAUAGUGGUAUAAAUACAAACUGGAAAUGGAAUUAGUUGUUUAAAACUGUGCUCUCAGAUACUUGUGUUGUCAGCUUGCCUCUCCCCAAGCAGCUGGGAGAGAUUUGUGAAUGUUUUAAAAUAAAUGGCUGGGGAGUCAUUCACCAUUUACAACUAAAAUGUGGGGCAAUACAUAUUUUAUUCGAAAUUAUGAAUGUUGAACCACAAACGUGUGCUUUGUUUCGUUCAUCUUUUGCAAGUGAUUACAUAAUGGUUGUGUGUCACUCAUGAGAAUAAAAAAAUGAUGAAAUUA